AUGGAUUCAAUCAACUCUACUGAUUACUCACUUAAUUCUCCUUCAGUAAGAAACAGUACCCUUUUUCAAGAGCCUGUCAGAAUAAUUGUUGCCUCAGUUUUGUUCAUGUCAUUUCUGAUUGGUUUAAUCACCAAUGGUUUCUACCUAUGGAUAUUAAAAUUCAAGAUGAAAAUGACAGUCAAUACUCUCCUAUUUUUCCAUCUCAUUCUUUCAUUCUUCAUGUCAGCAUUGACUCUGCCAUUUGUCGCCACCACCUACCUUCAGAAUUAUCACUGGAGUUUUGGAACUCUCAUGUGCAAAGUUGUUAACAGCACUUUGUCACUGGGGAUGUUCACUUCUGUUUUCUUCCUCUCCACCAUCAGUAUAGAUCGUUACCUUCUGGUUCUUCACCCAGUGUGGUCACAACUGCAUCGAACUCCACGAGGAGCUUCCAUCAUCAUCCUGGGAGUCUGGAUCUCUGCUGUAGCCCUCAGUAUGCCCUAUUUGCUUUUCAGAGUGACACAUGAAAAUAAUGACGGAACAGUGACCUGCAAAAAUAACUAUGCUGUGUUUAGUAAUGGGGAAAGUGAGAAGAUGGAAACAUUAAGUCAAAGGAUUCACCUGGCUUGUUUUAUCGGCCGCUUCUUGGCGGGCUUCCUUCUGCCUUUCUUUGUCAUCACCUUUUGUUAUGAAAGAAUCAGCAACAAGGUGAAAAAGCGAGGCCGGCAUACGUCUAAUAAACCCUUCAGAGUCAUGGUGACUGCCAUUAUCUCUUUCUUUGUGUGUUGGAUGCCCUACCAUAUAUACCAGGGCUUAACAGUCACAAGGAACCAGUCACUCUUUUUACAGCUGAGUCUAAUCCUUACAUUGAUAACCACUUCAUUCAAUAGUCUCUUUUCUCCCACACUUUACCUAUUUACCGGAGAAAACUUCAAAAAAGUUUUCAAGAAAUCCAUUCUUGCUUUGUUUGAGUCAACGUUCAGUGAGGAUUCCUCUGCGGAAAGGACACAAAAUCUAAGUUUAGAAGUCUAUAUUUAA